CACAAAGCAGUUUUCAUGACAGUGUGUAAGAUCGAAGGAAUAGUGUAAAUAGGAUACGUUUUUCUAGGACUUUUAGUAUUUUAUAAUCAUAUAAACAUUAAUAAUAGUGAUCAUUUGAUGAAACAGAAGAUUGGUAUACUGUCCACUUACCCAUGCUAAGAGACUGAAAAUAAAAUGUUGAAUGUAACGAGAUACUGUACGAGAACGGUGACAAGGUGCACCUUUGGAAAGCCACAGCAUGUUAACAGAUCCCUGUUUGCGACUGUACCCAGGAAACCAGUGACAAAUAAUAGCUUUACAUUUUUGCACAGAGUCCCAUCACAGUUGGGAAAGAUUCAAGCUUUGUUCAGACAAACUGGUACCAUUGCUGUUAGCUAUGCAUCGAAAGUGAGUGCAAAGUCCGAUAAGAUUGUGGGCUCAUGGAUGCUCACAUGUAGCGGCAUGGUCUUCAUUGCAGUAGUAUUAGGUGGUGUAACAAGAUUAACAGAAUCUGGACUUUCUAUGGUGACUUGGAAGCUACUCGGUGAAAAGAUGCCUAGAACAGAAGCCCAGUGGAUCGAAGAAUUCGAGCGAUAUCAACAGUUUCCAGAGUUCCAGAUCCUCAAUAAGCAUAUGACGCUCGAGGAGUUUAAACGCAUUUGGUGGAUGGAGUAUUUGCAUAGAACGUGGGGUCGGUUGAUCGGAGGAGUAUUCAUUGUUCCUGCAGCCAUCUUUUGGGCAAAGGGUAUGCUGAAACCAGGCAUGAAGAUUCGAGUUCUUAGCCUGGGUGCACUCAUUGGCUUGCAGGGCUUAAUGGGUUGGUACAUGGUCAAGUCAGGCUUGGAGGAUAGAUUUGAUGGACCAUCGGACGUGCCUAGAGUAUCCCAGUACAGAUUAGCUGCCCACCUUGGAUUGGCACUGACCAUAUACACUGGGUUUCUUUAUAACGCCCUGGACCAUCUAAUUCCAGCGGAGAACGUAGUGAAGAAUUAUUUUAGCUCACAGCCCAUGCAGAACACCAUAACAAAGGGUCUGAGGAAAAUCAGGAUGUUGGUACAUUCUUCAAAAGGUUUAAUUUUCCUAACAGCCAUGUCAGGAGCUUUCGUGGCUGGCAUUGAUGCAGGAUUGAUUUAUAACACCUUCCCAAAGAUGGCAAAUAAAUGGAUCCCUGAUGACAUCCUUGCGCUUUCACCAGUUCUCUUAAACUUCACGGAAAAUCCAACAACUGUGCAAUUUGAUCACAGAAUAUUGGGUAUUUCCACAUUGACGUUGAUCACCGUCAUGGCUAUGAUGUCGCGCAAGUAUAGACUACCUGGACGAGGAUCGACUGCUGUUACUGCAGUCGUCUGCGCUGGGUACCUUCAAGUACUCCUAGGAAUAUCGACUCUUCUGAACCAGGUUCCUUUGGCUUUAGCCGCUUCCCAUCAGGCUGGUAGCCUUUUGCUCUUGAGCGCAAUCACAUGGCUCUGCCAUGAAUUGAAGCAUUUGAGAAAUUUACCGAAAUGAAGAGACAGAAAGGACUAUUUAAUUAAACCAAAGAAUCAUGCUAGACAUUGUUGGAAAUGGAUUGACGAUGGAAAGUUAAUCGCGAGACUUUCACAACAUUAUGCUGAUUUAUUUGACAAUGCAUUGUGUUAUAAUGGUCAUUGUUCGUAGAAAUUAAUUUGGACUCCGUUAGAAUAAUAUAUCUAUGUCAAAAGUAUGAAAGCUUAGUGAAUUUGCCCUUAAUACAGUAUUUCGAUUCUAUUCUAUUGGUGAUAGAAACCAAACAUAUACAUUAUUUUUUUUUUCA